AAAUGUGCUCCCAGAUUUUGGGCCGACUUGAUUGCCUACAAUCCUCUAAGGAAAGAACGUAAUUUCCUGCCAGACAAUCCCCCUCAUUUCGAUCCCCAACUCCAUGCGUCAUACGAACCGAAUCACAAACAUGUACUAGAUGUUAUAGCAGAGAAAAGCUGCUACGUCAAGAACGAGAUAAUCUCCAUCGACCAGGCAUACAAAAUUGCAACUAUUUGUCAAACAUGUCGAAUGCAUAUCGACAUUGAAGCUGAAUUUACGAAGCCUGUCGAGUUUAAUGCCGAAGUUGCCCUCUGCCCGAAUAAGGGCAGCCGAAAUCAAUAUCGGUAUAACCUACUACACCACUUCCGUUAUGAGUCCAAAAUAUCAUCACCGGUGGAUACCUCUCGCUACGACAAGAGGUCUCGGAAGAGAUGGGUGGACAAGAGGGUUUUCUCAUGCUCUUCGACUAAUUGCCCCCUAGUUGUUACUGUUACCACGCAGCCUGCGAUGAUAAGACCCGACCUGAUGGAAUUGCUACUUUCGGAGAAAACCCGUGAGGCUAGAGUUAAAGAGGCGGCGAGGAUAAAUCCGAAUGUUAUUCCUGUGGACGCGGCUCCACAAACUCGAUACCAAGUUCUUGAGACUCUCUGUACCUAUAUCAAGAACCACAAAGGUGGUGACCAACGGUCAAUCUUUGCUGAAAACAAGCGGUACCUAUGUAAUCUAGGAGAAUGCGAGGAGGUCAUGCGGUUAGCGCAUUUUACCAGGUCUCCCGAUCCUGACACGAACGCUUGGAUACCGUCUUCCUCUGCCGAGCUGGGCGAUCCCGGUUCACAAGCGCAACGGGAUCUUUGCGGGUUGCUAGAGGAAGUUAUGAUACUAAUGGAUGAUGAGAAACACAAAGGGGAUGCUCCGGCGAAAUCUGCCCGUGUUCGUCAGAAAACCGAGAGAGCAGAGCUUGUGGCUAAAUGGCUCCUCGGAUUUCAUAAAUAUGAUACCGCAAUUGGCUGGCAGUUUGACCUUACAGCUCCAGAACAUCCCCACUAUGCCGGCCUUGGUGCGGUUGCGGAUAUGUCAGACGAUCUUAUAAACUGGGCAUAUGAGCGCCAACGGGCGUGCGAUCCUAUUAAUGCUCCAUAUUAUUUUGAGUGCUUUGAGAGUAUAGCUAAGGGUAGGAAGAGCGAGAAUCUCCAAUUCGAAGUUGCCCGCCUACGUUCCGAGGGGCAAUUUUCUACGUCUGACCUGGAGAGCAGCUAUAAGUCGCUCGGUGUGGAUCCCGUUACAUCGGAUGAUGAUUUAAUUAUCGGUGUGUUUAAGAGCCGAUUGGCCGACGCUCCUCGCCAGGAAGGACCAAUGAGAGAGGACAUGAGGAUUAUUGGAACCGCUAGGAGGAGCGAGAAGAUACUUUCGUUUGCAAAACUUGCUGUCGGAGAUAUUGCAGAUGCCUACAAAUGGCUUCGCGUCUUGGAAAGCAGCGAGGAUCAAUAUAUCCUCUCGGCAUACAAAGUCCGGAUCGAAGACAAUCCCGAUGACGAAAUCACUGCCAGGAAUGCUUUGAAAUUGAUCGCAGAAAAUCGCCAAAGCAAUGUUUUGUAUUGCUUCCUCGAGGGAAACCUCUACGAGACUCCCCUGGAGAUAGGCGCUGCAUACAGUCGCUUGGGGAUCGACGAUUACUCUCUUAGUGAGGAUCUGAUAGUCAAUGUUUUCGAGUUGAGACAACAAGACGCUCCCAGCCAAACGCGAGACCUCAGGGCGGCGCUUAGAAGUAUUGGCCAAAAUCGAAAUAGCGCCAGGAUUCAAUCAUACCUCCAGACAGGGAAUGCUGAUGGAAUUUCAAAGGGUUCCGCGGAGUGGCCUGUUGGGCUUGAGAACAUUGGAAACACUUGCUAUCUGAAUAGUUUGCUGCAGUUUUACUUCACUAUAAAGCCACUACGCGACAUGAUUCUCAAUAUCGAUCAAUUCCAAGAGGAGGAAAUCAAUAAUGAGGGCCAAGAAAUUUGUUCGCCAUCUUCGCACCUUAUUCCAGAACCUCAUAACAUCCCAGGCAUCUUCCUUCUAAAGAUGAGGAGGAGGAGGAGCGACGAUUGUCUUCAAAUCGGGCCGAUGACAAAGAAAAUCUUCCUCCACUCAAAGAAAUCACCGCAGGCGGCUAGUGGGGUUGCUGCAAACAAGGCUCGCCCAACAUAUGGCCCACCAACCCCACCCCCGGAUAUGCCGGAUCGACCACCUCCAGUUCCCCCACGCCCAACCAAACAAGAUCCAAAACCAGACACAAAUUUUAUGUUCGGGCGCCAACAGGAUGUCACAGAAUGUAUUGGUAAUGUUAUGUUCCAGGUGGAAGCUGCUAUUAAACCGGAAUCUGUUGAUGGGAAUGGAGAACAGAUAGAUUUAGUGAAGAAACUGUUUUACGGAAGGACAAAGCAAACACUCUCUUUCCCGAAUUCCGCCGAGACCAGGACUAAAGAGGAAUUGUUUUCUCACUUGCUGGUCGAUGUUGCAGAAGGUGACCGAGACAUCUACUCAGCUCUUGACAGCAGCUUUGAUAUCGAGCAGGUUGAUCUGGAAGGACGAGAAGCCAAGCGUUUUCUGUCUAUCAGCCAUUUGCCACCCAUCUUGCAGAUACAGGUUCAGAGAGUUCAGUAUGAUCGGGCUAAGGCUUCUGCAUACAAGUCAAAUUCGCAUUUGAAAUUCCCAGACACGAUAUAUCUUGAUCGAUACAUGGAAACCGAAGACUCUGAUCUUAAGGCAAAGCGGGAGGAGUCCUGGGUAUGGAAAGAGGAGCUAAAGGCACUGGAACAAAGAUUGGCGGAGCUAACGAAGACUCCAGCUGGGAUACGUGUUCCCGAGGCACUCGAAUACACUCACCAGUGGCUUUCCGAGCUCAAAUCUGAUGAUGAGAUAGAGGUCCAGCCAGCUCUCCUUAGGGAGCUCGAACAAAGAGCCAUAUCCAUGCGCCGGGAGGGUGAAUCGAUUGAAGCCCGGAUUCAAGCGCUUCAGUCUCGUAUUGAGCAACAAUUUACAGACUCCUGCAAUCAGGGCUAUCGCAUCCACUCGGUUUUCAUACACAGAGGAUCCGCAAGCUUCGGCCACUACUGGAUCUACAUCUACGAUUUCCAGAGAAAACUCUUUCGCAAGUAUAAUGACAGUUAUGUGACUGAAGUGGCGGAUCCCCAAGAGGUCUUUACUCAUGGGGAUAUAAACCCCCCUACGCCUUAUUUCCUUGUCUUCGUAAAGGAGGACGAAUCCCUAGAUAUCAUGGAAGCUGUCCAGAGACAAAUUGUCACCACCACCUAAAUUUGAGUUUUAAUAAAACGAGGCGUAAUCCGGGAGCUCUAAGGUCAUGUUCAUUCAUUCAAUGGGAAAUAUUAUUAGACAGCACCCAGUACCGUUUAUUCAAUAAUGUACCAUAAAGUUUUUAUUAAAUAUCCCUUGCCCCCCUUCU